GGAGGUCUCACUCUGAUUAGGAAAGGUUUGCUGUCGGCUAUUCGCUUUUCAUUUGCAGAUUUUUUAAGUUCUCUUUUGCUCAAUCUGAGUGGAAAGGUAAGAUUCAAGAUUCAAAACAGCUUCUAAGUGGACAGUGAACAAUGUGUGGAUUUUACAUGAAGAAGCUCCACUGUUGAAACUACCUUGGACCAUGAGGUCAUUCCUCACCGCCUUCCCCACCUCCAUGUCCAAGCAAGGCAGCGUUUUAUUGGCUGCUGAGGCGGGACAGCGUGACGUGGAAGGCUGUCCACUGAUUGGAGGACGGAGUACUGUAAAAAGGACCAGCUGAAGUUGGAGACAAUCUUCCGAAAGACCUGCCACCUCAGGGACCCACUGUGGAAGUCACCUGGAAGUUCUUAUUUUUCUUCUUCUGCUUUUUGUGGAAACGGUCCUCCAUCAUGGACUCACUCUGGACUUGGUGAAGGUUCCAGUCUGUUGGGGGGGCUGACGUCAGGCUUUCGCGCACCUCUCCACGGGGGUGAUAGCUUUGCUUGCUAAAGAUUUUUUAAUGUUAUUUUUUUAAUAGAAGAUCGGUUGGGUUUUUUUUCUUCAGCGAUAUGGAAUACACUUCCUCCCCGAAACCGCAGCUCUCCUCCCGGGCCAACGCUUUCUCCAUCGCCGCGCUCAUGUCCAGCGGGAAGCCCAGCAAGGAAAAGGAGGCCGAGGAGAGCACCAUCAAGCCCCUCGAACAGUUCGUGGAGAAGUCGUCCUGCAGCCAGCCCCCUCUCGCCGACCUCUCGUCGUCCCUGGAAGUCCACGGGGACUUCGGAGGGAGCGUGCCCGCGGCGUGCACGGAGCCUCUCAUUCCCACCAACCCCGGCAUCCCCAGCGAGGAGAUGGCCAAGAUCUCCUGCAACCUGGAGACCAAAGAACUGUGGGACAAGUUCCACGAACUGGGCACGGAGAUGAUCAUCACCAAGUCUGGCAGGCGGAUGUUCCCGACCAUCCGUGUGUCUUUCUCCGGGGUGGACCAGGACUCCAAGUACAUCGUCCUGAUGGACAUAGUCCCGGUGGACAACAAGAGGUACCGCUAUGCUUAUCACCGCUCAUCGUGGCUGGUGGCCGGCAAGGCCGACCCUCCUCUGCCUGCCAGGUUGUACGUUCAUCCGGACUCUCCUUUCAGCGGAGAACAGCUGAUGAAGCAAAUGGUUUCUUUUGAGAAAGUCAAACUCACCAACAACGAACUGGACCAACACGGACAUAUCAUCCUGAACUCCAUGCACAAGUACCAGCCUCGGGUUCACAUCAUCAAGAAGAAGGAGCACACGGCAUCGCUGCUCAACUUCAAGUCGGAGGAAUUCCGCACCUUCGUCUUUGUUGAGACCGUCUUCACCGCCGUCACCGCCUACCAGAACCAGCUGAUCACCAAGCUGAAGAUUGACAGCAACCCUUUUGCCAAAGGAUUCCGGGAUUCGUCGCGGCUGACCGACAUGGAGAGCAGGGAAAGUGUUGAGAAUCUCAUCCACAAGCACUCAUACGCCCGCUCCCCCAUCAGGACCUACGCCGGCGAAGACGACAACCUGGGCGACGAUGGACACGCGCCUCAUGCCAGAGGUUCAGCGUUCAGCGCCUCGGACAAUCUGCCUCUGACUUCGUGGGUCGCUGGAACCACUCCGAGCUUUUCAGGCUUCCAGCACCCGCAGUCGCUGUCGGCCAUGGGGGCGGGCGCCGCCACCUUGCCUCACCCCAUCCAGGGCUCGCUGCCACCCUACGGCCGCCUCGGCAUGCCCCUGACGCCCAUGCAGGGCAGCGGGCCGUCCUUCCCUUCCUUCCACAUGCCUCGCUACCAUCACUACUUCCAGCAGGGACCCUAUGCCGCCAUCCAGGGCCUACGCCACUCCUCCACCGUCAUGACGCCCUUUGUAUGACUCCGCCCCCUUGCACCAUGUGACUGUGAUCUGUGUAAAUAGCUGGCCUGAUGGAAAAGGACCUGCCAGCAGCCAUCUUUUACAGUCGGUCGCCAAUGGCAACAAAGACGCUGACAAGAUGGCCAACCCUUGUUAGAAUCAUGAACCUUAACCUGGACUGCCGCCAUGUGUCAAUCAAAUUGUUCAUAAUAAAGCCUCCAAAGAUGGCGGCGCUGCAUCUGCUCACUAUAGAGAGCUACAGCAACGCCAGCAUGCAUGCUAACUGAAGUAGAAGGACUACAAUUGUUCUCUUUCACUUUAGCUUCAACUUUGAUGCUUCAAAGUUAACGUCAUGCCUGGUUAGCAUUCAGGCUAACACGCUUGCUAGGAGACGGCUAAAGCUAACAGGCUAAAGUCACGUUAGCGUAACUUCAAAAUGAAUACGAUCACACUAAGAGUCGUUUUGGGGGUUUUGUCCGUUGUUGUUUUUUUCAUGUCAUCAAGCUAGCUCACUAGCUCGCUUCGACUGCUGCAAAUAUUUGAUCAUGUUUCUUUUUCUGGAAGCGUUACUGGAAACGUUCACCUCCUCACCUCAUGGAGACGUCAUUAUUUAUAUUUAAUUACACAAAGAUGUCACAUAACCUCAUUUUUUAUUGGACUUUUUUCCCAAAGGGAUUGAUUUAAAGUUGUAUUUAUCACACCAACUGAAGCCGGACGAUGUAAGCAGUAGUUGGAUUUCAAACCACACACUCAUACACAAUGACGACUUUAGGAAAUGUUCCUCCACAGCUCAGCCACGCUUUUACAAGAACAUAUUUGCAGUUUUGGGAGUUUUCCCAGGUGUACAUAAAGACAGUAUGUUUGUUCAGGAAGUCAAACUGAAUAUUUAUUAUUUCUAUGAAUGUAAAAUGUACAAAAUGGCGCCGCUCUGUUUUGUUUUGGUUCCUUUUUUACGUUGUAAUCUGAGCACCAAGCAAGGUUGUGUUGCUUUGUUGAUUUGAUUUAAGUGCAAUAUAUUUAUUAUGGUCUCUGAAAAUAAUGUAACGCGUUAUUUGUCAAACUUGA